AUCUCUCUUCACCUCAAGAUACUCUGUGUUGCUUUCGCUCCUUCCCUCUGCUAAAACCCUCUUUGCUCACCACUUGCCUAAACCAGAGCCAAACCAAGAUCUGCUGCUUAGAAUCUCUCUCAGGGGUUUUGCAAGUAUCGAUUCUUGAAUAAUGGAGAAGCCUGCGAAGGAGACAGCUGCGGUCCCAGUAACGUUCUUUUGGGACAUAAAGAGGUUUCCGGUCCCCGAAGGCUAUGAUGCUCGUCGGGUGGGUCCGAGUAUCAAACAGAAUUUGAGGAAGCUUGGCUACACUGGUCCUAUCACCAUCACUGCCAUUGGCGUACUAACAGAGGUCCCCUUGUACAUCCUUGAAUCCCUCUCUUCCACUGGGAUCGCUUUUAAGAACUUGGCCAACAGUCCCAGAGACGCUUUGGGUAUAUUCAUUGACUUUUAUCCUGAUGCUCCAUCCCCCGCUAAUAUAAUGGUCCUAUCCGCUCCACCGGCCUUCACUCUUCCGAUCGUCGAAACGCAUAUUAGCGAGAUACGUAACGAUGGAUACUACACUACUUUUCUCUUUGCACGUAAUUCUCAAGAUGAAAAGUGCCUCUGGUUGUAUUAUGUUGCUACUAAUUUUUUUAUUUUAUUUUUUAUUCCCACAGAUCCUCCGGCACUUGAGGAUGGGGAUAAGUGCAGUGAAACCGGUAAACCUUCCUUCUGGAAUUGCUUUGUGUGCCGUGGUAUUCGUGGCUAUGGCUUUCAAAAUUUUCUCACGCAUCUCUCUACUCGGCACCAUAAACGAAUGCUUUCCUACUGGAAUUCAUACGCCAAGCCUGGCGACUCGGAAUCUGACUCGGACUCUGACUCUGACGUGAAGGCUCCUAUCAUAGUGCGUAGGAAAAUAUUGAGUGAAAAUCAAGGUCUUUUUUUCCGGACAAUGCUACAAUUACGGCUUACUAACGAAAGUAACUACAAGAAGUGUAGGCUUACUACCGAAAGUAACUACAAGAAGAGUAGGCUUACUACCGAAAGUAACUACAAGAAGAGUAGGCUUACUAACGAAAGUAACUACAAGAAGAGUACCGAAAGUAACUACAAGAAGAGUAGGCUUACUAACGAAAGUAACUACAAGAAGAGUACCGAAAGUAACUACAAGAAGAGUAGGCUUACUAACGAAAGUAACUACAAGAAGAGUACCGAAAGUAACUACAAGAAGAGUAGGCUUACUAACGAAAGUAACUACAAGAAGAGUACCGAAAGUAACUACAAGAAGAGUAGGCUUACUAACGAAAGUAACUACAAGAAGAGUACCGAAAGUAACUACAAGAAGAGUAGGCUUACUAACGAAAGUAACUACAAGAAGAGUACCGAAAGUAACUACAAGAAGAGUAGGCUUACUAACGAAAGUAACUACAAGAAGAGUACCGAAAGUAACUACAAGAAGAGUAGGCUUACUAACGAAAGUAACUACAAGAAGAGUACCGAAAGUAACUACAAGAAGAGUAGGCUUACUAACGAAAGUAACUACAAGAAGAGUACCGAAAGUAACUACAAGAAGAGUAGGCUUACUAACGAAAGUAACUACAAGAAGAGUACCGAAAGUAACUACAAGAAGAGUAGGCUUACUAACGAAAGUAACUACAAGAAGAGUACCGAAAGUAACUACAAGAAGAGUAGGCUUACUACCGAAAGUAACUACAAGAAGAGUACCGAAAGUAACUACAAGAAGAGUAGGCUUACUACCGAAAGUAACUACAAGCAGAGUACCGAAAGUAACUACAAGAAGAGUAGGCUUACUACCGAAAGUAAGUAACUACAAGAAGGGUAGGACGUGAAGAAGAAGAGUACAUGUCCCUUGGUGUUGUUCUUCUCUGGGUCCUUUUGGUUUGGUGUGAAACUGUGAAUGGUUUGUUCUACUUCUUGCCGGCUUGUUCGAUUAUAUAACUUAUUGUUGUUCAAGUCUCGUCGGCAAGAGUUGGGUUCACUUAUAAAGUUAUAAUAUAACUUAUGCUUAUUUAAGUCUCGUUUUGUUUUGUUUUAAAGUUAAUUGUAUCCGGAUGUGAAAUACUAUUUACCUUAAGAUAAUGAUGUUUGACUUA